ACUAAACUGCCGAUAGUGCUGAAGGGGAUUCUGACAGCAGAGGAUGCAGUGGAGGCAGUGAGACAUGGAGUCCAGGGGAUCAUAGUCUCCUACCAUGGAGGGAGACAGCUGGAUGGAGUUCUCGUAUCAAUUGAUGCCCUGGGUGAAGUGGUGAGAGCAGUAGAGGGCCGUGUCGAGGUGUACAUGGAUGGAGGAGUGAGGCAGGGAACUGACGUGCUGAAGGCUCUGGCUAUGGGGGGCAGGGCAGUGUUCAUUGGAAGACCAGUCCUCUGGGGCCUCGCCUACAAGGGACAGGAAGGAGUUUUGGAGAUCCUGAAGGAGGAA